GAGAGAGAGAGAGAGAGAGAGAGAGAGAGAGAGAGAGAGUGAGAGAGAGAGAGAGAGAGAGAGAGUGAGAGAGAGAGAGAGAGUGAGAGACAGUGGUAAAAAUAAUAAUAAAAUAAACAAAUAAAUAAAAAUAACCAUUCCAUUUACCAAACCACAUUGUUUUAGUUUAAGUGUACAUGUAAAUUAAAAUGGAUUUGUUGAUGUUUUUGAGUUCCUACCAUAACAUAACUUCCAUCAGUCGUUAUUAUUAUUAUUAUUAUUGAUUUUUCUACUCUUGUAUUUUUGAAUCAUUCUCUUUUCUCAAAAUGGCAAACAAAUCAUACUGAUUUUUGUGAUGAAAUCACUUAGUUUUUCCACAUGGAAUAUUCAAGGUCUAAACUCCUCAGUCUUUGGCCUAAAAAGUAGAAAUUCUGACUUUAUGAAAGAUCUUGAAGACAUAGAUGUUAUCAUCUUACAGGAAACCUGGUGUAGAGGAGAUGUGUUCACUGGCUGUCCCUCAGGAUACAGAGAGAUAAUAUUACCAUCAGUUAAACUCACAUCAGUAACACAGGGGAGAGACUCAGGAGGGAUGAUCCUCUGGAUUAAAUCUAAACUGGCCAUAGAAUUAGUUAAAAAAGAUCAAUACCACCUCUGGCUGAAAGUACAAAAAGGAAUAAUAUCAGCAUCUCAGCCUGUUUUCCUUUGUGCCAUAUAUAUACCCCCCCUCGAAUCUCCGUAUUUCCAAGAGGAAACUUUUCAAAACAUUGAACAAGAAAUCAGCCAUUUCCAGGCCCAGGGAAAUGUGCUGCUUAUGGGUGAUUUAAACGCUAGAACCGGAAAAGAAUUAGAUUUUUUAGAAUCACAGGGUACCAGAUUCCUCACUGGCAAUAACAACUUGUACCCUUCUUACCCCGCCAGAGAAAACUGUGAUCAGACAGUGAAUGCCCACGGACGGCAGCUGCUGAAGCUCUGCCGAGGACUGGCUCUGUACAUCGUCAAUGGAAGACUGCGAGGAGACUCGCUCGGCCGAUACACCUACAGCUCAGCUCUUGAUGACCUGGUCCUCCUGUCGCCCACUGAAGAGGGGCUUCAGGACAGCCUGAAUCUGCUGGAGGAUUACUGUCAGACCUGGGCCCUGACGCUCAACCUCCAAAAAACAAGAGUAAUGAUGUUCCAGAAACGCUCCAGAUCUCAGGGACCAUCACACACAUUCACACUAUCACACAGAACCAUUGAAACCACAAAAACAUACACUUACCUCGGUCUGAAAAUAACUACAACCGGUAACUUCACUUUGGCUGUGAAUGAACUCAAAGAGAAAGCUCAAAGGGCUUUCUAUGCCAUAAAAAGAUCCAUUAAAAUUGACAUCACAAUCCAAAUCUGGCUCAAACUUUUCAAAGCAGUAAUUGAACCAAUUGUUUUAUACGGCAGUGAAGUGUGGGGUCCUUCUAUAAAAUUUGACUUCUUAAAUUGGGAAAAACACCCGAUCGAAAUUCUACAUUUAGAUUUCUGUAAAAGAAUUCUCAAAGUCCAAAGAAAAACUCCAAACAACGGAUGUAGGGCAGAAUUAGGCCAAUACCCUCUCCUUCUAAACAUUCAGAAAAGAGCCGUCAUCUUCUGGAAACACCUAAAAACAAGCGACCCCAACACAUACCAUUACAAAGCCCUGAAACACCAAGAGCUGAGCGUAGGUAAGAGUCCUCUCCUUCAGCUGGUGCUGAGACUGACUGUGAUCACACACACAGAGAUCAGUCAGCUUCAGGACACACACACACUCACACACAUUAUAAACACAGAAAAAGAAAAGUACACAACCUAUUGGACAAACACAACUAAAAACCAGCACAAACUGGAAUGUUAUUCGGCACUUAAUCGUGAAUACACCAUAGCAAGCUACCUGAACACAGUGAGUGAUGUGAGACUCAGGAAAACACUGACGAGGUACAGACUCAGUGAACACAGUCUGGCCAUAGAGACGGGCCGGAGAAGACAGACCUGGAUCUCUCGUGAGGACAGACUCUGCUCACACUGUAUGAUGAGAGUGAUGGAGACAGAACUGCACUUCCUCACAGAAUGCCCAAAAUAUAAAGACAUCAGAGAGCAUUACUACCCCAAAAUUAAUCACAUAUUCCCCCAAUUUAAUUCCUUGAAUCAGACCCAAAAACUCAGAUUCAUUCUUGGUGAAGAAGCCAAAUGUUGUCAUGUAGCUGCAAGAUAUGUGUCAUCUUGUGAUCUCCUGAGAGACAGCCAGAGAGACACAAACAACCAGUAAACACACACACUUUACAUCUACACAUAUGUAUAUAAUGUAUAUAAUGUUCAGAUUUUAUAAUAUCAGUUGUUACAUGUUUUUCUGUAUAAAAUAUAUAUAUAUACUUUUUU